UCUGCUCUCCACCCUUGUGUCGUGAGUAUUGGGGUAUCAAUGUAUUGUAUAUAGUAAAACCAGUUGUUGGCUGUGUAACUGGACUGUAAACUAUAUCAUCCAACGAGUAUUUAUGUAUAAAUAUACUAACCCCGGUUUGAAUUAAGUCGUUGGUAAGAUUUCGCGAGGUUGACUGGACCAAAUUAACUGUCGGAUGUUGUUUUACGGAUGUAGAUAGGAAUCAGAUUCACGUGAACGUGUAGUACGGAUUGUAACAUUGUGUAUUUUGGCGAUUCACUACGUUAAGGUAAUAUGGCGGAGUUGCGAUUUUCAACUUUUGUGAUUUUAAUAUUGGUAGCAGGUUGUGCACGUUUGGCCGUGGCGCAAGACGAUGCCGAGGACGACUAUUACGACGAGGAUUAUUAUGAUGAGGAUUACGAAGAUUAUGAGGAUGACUACUACGACGAUUAUGAAAAAGAAGAGGUCGUAACGUUACCGCCGACCACUACAACAACCAGAAUACCCUGGUGGCUGACAACGACUCCGGCACGUCGUAGAACAGCAAGACCUACACCAAGAUCAGCAUAUAUAACACCCGGUCCAACUGUCCGAAAGUCGGUACAAACGCCUCGCCCUGAUUCUAGACGAAGAGAUCCGAAUCGUUCAGGCGAUCGAACGAGUUCUUUGGAUAGGUCUCGCUUCGAUCCACGACGUUACGAAAUUACUGCCAGACCUACGGCACGGUCUAGAUAUUCCGUAACCCGGGAUCCUGGGCGAUCGGAAUAUGAAACAACCACACGAACUCCGUCACCAGCUACACAAAGAUCUAGAUACGAAACAAGAGCCACUCCAAGGUCCAGAUACGAAACUGCAACUCGUGCAACACCUCGAGCACAACCCGCAGCGGCAACCAGACCCACUCCUAGAUCGAGGUAUGAUGCGCAAACCAGAGCUACCCCUAGAUCACGUUACGAAUCUGCAACGCGAGCUACGCCACGCUCGAGAUACGAAUCUGCAACAAGGGCAACGCCGAGAUCGAGAUACGAAACUGCAACCAGGGUGACCCAAAGAUCGAGGUACGAAGCAGCAACAAGGGCCACGCAAAAAUCGCGACUCGACGUAACCACACGUCGAAAUAGAAACGAACGCGUAACGACACCUCCCCGACGGGGAAAUUAUUACCUGACACGAGCACCCCCUAAAACCAUGUUUGUUGGUACGACUGCGGACCCCAAAUCGCGAGGUACAUCGAUGUCAAGACAUACCGACAAUCGACAGAUGCAAGGCUCUCGGCGAGCGGAAGUAAGAUAUAGUCCGAACAGACCAGGUGAUGAUGAAGACGAGGACAUCGAACAGGACUCGGGCGAUGCCAACGAUGCUGAUUGCGGAUGCCAAGCAGUGCAGGAUUUACGAGAGGAAAAUACAAAAUUAAAAAGCCGUUUAGAAAGGAUAGAAAAGAAGAUAGGGGAUCUUGGUGAGACGGUGGUCAAGGUGGAACUUGAUUCCGCCAAUUGGAAAAGGUCUCUGCGUUUCCCUGGACUAACAGCCAUCAAAAAUCCUAGCAAUAUAAUUCUAAAGGAUGACGUCAUCAGUGAUCAAAAGUAUAAAGAUUGUCAGGAUGUGUGGGAGAAAGGUAACAGACAACCAGGUGUGUAUGGUAUCAUGCCGGACAAUUCGGCCUUCGUCACUUACGCUUAUUGUCAAGAUGGUUGGACUUUCCUACAGAGAAGAUUUGAUGGAUCCGUACCAUUCAACAAGAAAUACAACGACUAUGUCAAGGGCUUUGGCAACUUUUCCAGCGAGUUCUGGUUGGGUCUAGAAAACAUGCACGCGCUGACGACACAGGAAUCCUACACUCUUCGGGUCGACAUGGAAACUUCCAAUACUAAAUUUUUCUACGCCAUGUACGACGAAUUCAGGAUCCUGAACGAAACGCAGGGUUAUAGCUUGGAAUAUGGCAACAUGACAGCCGGUAACCUUGGUGACGGAUUAUAUACUGCUAAAGGGAGACCAUUCAGUACAUAUGACCGCGACCGUGACAGCUGGAGCUAUGGCAACUGUGCGCAAUUUUAUCAUAGUGGUUUCUGGUUGAAUAGGUGUGGCACCGAUCUGAAUAGAAUUCCUAAAUUGCAGAAAUACGGGGGAAUGAGGUGGGACCGACAAAUUGUUGUUUCAUCUUUAAUGCGAAUAAAACCAACUCGUGCGGUAACUGGUAACGAAUAUAAACUAGUGCCAUGAAGCUAGGAUGUUUUAGAUGAAAUCGGAAUGGUGUUACAGCUUAUUUUUGUUAAUGUAAAAUGCGUCCAUGUAUAUAUGUAGUUAUAUUUGAAACAUUUAUCUUCCAAGAGAACUAUUUUGGGAUACGUCUACAUCGGUGAAAAUAAAAGUAGAGGUCAGGGUAUUGUGGACAGAACAAAAAUGUGUUUUUCCUUAUGACCAACGCCAUAAUAUCACGUAACCAUAAAAUCACAGCUUACUUAGCACGUUGGUAACACUUCGAAACAUCAAAACAGCUUUUAAUUUGUAUAUGUUCAUUUAUUUAUAACAUAUUUUAAGAUCCUCAGAAAGCAUUUCAAAUUAAAGAAAUAUAUUUUAUGCAUUUAUAUCCGAAAUUUUCGUUUUUUUAUAAACAAUUUAGUGCUGCUCCGGACUCUAGAGCUAAAUGGUAUUAAUAAUUAACGUAUGAUAUACUGUUAACGUUUACAUCUAGAAUAAACCAGUUUUAUUAAC